GACUGGAGUUAACAGAAAUAUCAAAGGAAGAAACUGAACGACAAAUUCAUUUAUAAUAUUUGUCUUGAAGAGCUUCAAAGUAUGGAUAGCCCUCAGCUGCCUCAGAACUGUGGACUAUCUCCGCCCUGCUGUGCAGAUGGGGGGUCACUGUUGAGUGCCAAGGCCCCUCAAGUCAGUGGGGUCAGAGUUCAGCUGGAGAUGCAUACACUUUGGCAGCAAUUCGACCAGCUGGGCACAGAGAUGAUUGUUACCAAAGCUGGAAGAAGGAUGUUUCCAACAUUCCAGGUGCGGAUAUCCGGGAUGGAUCCUGCUGCUGAAUAUGUCUUGCUGAUGGACUUCAUCCCUAUUGAUGAUAAAAGAUACAGAUAUGCGUUCCACAGCUCAUCUUGGCUGGUGGCAGGACGAGCGGAUGUUGCUGCCCCAAGCAGGAUGCAUUUCCACCCAGACUCACCCGCCCGUGGAGCCCAGUGGAUGAAGCAGACUGUGUCCUUUGAUACUCUCAAGCUCACCAACAACUUGCUGGAUGACAAUGGACAUAUGAUAUUAAACUCCAUGCAUCGCUACCAGCCGCGCUUCCAUGUGGUGUAUGUAGAUCCAGCGCCUAACAGCCACUUAAACGCAUACAGAAACUUCUGCUCUUUCUCCUUCCCAGAGACACGCUUCAUGGCUGUCACCGCCUAUCAGAACCACAGAAUCACCCAAUUAAAAAUUGCUAGCAACCCAUUUGCAAAAGGCUUCAGGACUACAGACCCCCAGGACUGGGUGGGUAAUUCCAGGCCCCUGGCAGUGUGGUGUCCACAAGAGGGCAGAACAGAGCCCCUCACCACCAAACCUGGAGAGCAGAGAAGCUGGGGCUCAAAGACUUCAGCCAGACAGGAGGACCCAGCCCCAUUGCUGGUGGAGCAGUGUGGUGUGUUCCACCCCUGUAAAGACUCUGUCGGACUCACCGUGGAGAGGAGAGAUGGGGACAGCUUAUUAGCACCUGCUUCCUUCUUCCCUCUCGCCUCCUACUGGGACUCUCUGAGGGAUGCAGCGGGGUGGAUGGAGGAGGAGGAGGAGGUGAAAGACUGGAAGGUUGAGAACAGAAUGAACGGGUCGGGAAGGGGGAAGGAUGCGGAUUAUGGUAGCCUGACUACCGACGAUGGUUUCGGUCGUUUGACAUAA